AUGUCAGGUCAAUCAAAGCUUCCCCCGUGGGGCAGUGCCGUCGCAGGUGCAACGGGUGCAGUAUUGGCGAAUACCCUUGUAUACCCAUUGGAUCUUGUCAAGACGAAAUUGCAAGUCCAGGUCAAGGCGAAAGAUGGGGAGGAUGACGAUAGUGAACACUAUAAAUCGACUCUGGAUGCGAUCACCAAGAUUGCGGAGAAGGAGGGUAUCAGUGGCCUGUACUCUGGGAUUGCAGGCUCACUCCUAGGCGUUGCUUCCACCAACUUUGCCUAUUUUUACUGGUACAGUGUCGUUCGAGCUUUGUACAUGGCCUCCAACAAGACACCGAAGCCCCCCGGAACAGCCAUCGAGCUUAGUCUCGGCGCCGUCGCAGGCGCCGUCGCCCAGAUCUUCACCAUUCCAGUCGCUGUCAUUACCACUCGGCAGCAGACACAAUCUAAAAACGAUAAGAAGGGUCUUAUUGAGACCGGUCGGGAGGUGGUGGAAAGCGAGGACGGGUGGUCUGGUCUGUGGAGAGGCCUAAAGGCUAGCUUGAUCCUGGUUGUCAACCCUGCUAUCACCUAUGGUGCAUACCAGCGAUUGAAGGAUGUAUUUUUCCCUGGAAAGAACAACCUGAAGCCUUGGGAGGCAUUCUUCCUCGGUGCCAUGUCCAAGGCUCUUGCAACCAUUGCUACUCAGCCUUUGAUUGUUGCCAAGGUUGGUUUGCAAUCUCGCCCUCCGCCUUCUCGCAAAGGAAAACCUUUCAAGACCUUUGGAGAGGUGAUGAAGUAUAUCGUCGAGAAUGAGGGUGUGCUUUCCCUGUUCAAGGGUAUUGGGCCACAGAUCACAAAGGGCCUUUUAGUACAAGGUCUAUUGAUGAUGACCAAGGAGAGGAUGGAACUGGCCUUCAUUGUCCUCUUCGCCUAUCUCAAGAAGAUCAGGAAGGAUAGGUUGCAGAAGGCAGCACAGGUUAUUGCAGAGACGGCCAAAACAAGCAUGCCUGCAACGCUGAAGUAA